AUGCGGGUGGCGGCGGAGGCGUGCCUGGCUCUGCUGCAGCCCGUGAGCCGCGCCGACGGCGGUGCUGCGGAGGGGCCCGGCGGUCCCGCGCAGGGCCGCCCCGUGCUGCUGACGUCGGGCGGGGGCCGGCGGGGGAACGCAUCUUCCGCGUCCAUCGCGAGAGAUUGGAAGGGCGGUGAUGCCGAUGUCUUCGCGUUCUUCAAGCCGAAGCCCAUGGUGACGGACUUGGUCCACGGAGGCAUGGGCAAGGUCGCGCGGGCCAUGAGCGAGGAGGCGCUGCACGUUCUGAAGCCAGUGGGGCAGUUGGACAAGAACACGACAGGUCUCAUGCUCUUCACGAACAGCGGCCGCCUCGCAGAGCAUUUGAACAGCCACGUCUCCAAGCGCUACCGCGUGUGGUACUACGGCUGGCAGCUGCCCGGGACUGGGCGGUCCAUGCAGCUCGACAGCGAGCAGAUCUCUGCGCUGUUCUCCGGAGUCUUCCUCGAGCGCGAGCAGGUCCACGUCCGGUGCGAGGGCUUCGAGCACGGGAAGAGCGAGGAGCUCGACGCCGUGCCGCACGCGUCGGGGCAGGUGCUGCGAAAGUUCCUCUUCUCGGCCGACAUCGCGGUGUCGUGCGGCCUCUUCCACGUGGUGAAGCGGCUCUUCCAGCUAGCCACGGGGCGUCCCGUGCGCGGCCUGCGCCGGGUGCAGGCCGCCGACCCGCCCGGGGCCCUCGGCGUGGACUGGAGGGAGGCGUCGUCGGAUUGCCUGGCGGACCGCGCCUCCGAGGGCGCGGACGGCGCCCGCAGCGCGGACGUCGCGCACCAGAGAUCAGUGGCCGCGUUCGCGUCCAUGGUCGCAGAGGGUGACGUACUGCCAGGCCCCAAGUUCCCAGUCGGGGGGUGCGGCGCGUGCGGCGAGAGCGGCAACCGGGCAAGUCGGCUCAAGUGCCGAGGAUGCGGAGCGACGGCGCCGGCGCGCAUCCAGCAAGAUGCCCGCGCUGCUGCCGCCAAAGUGCGCCCAGGAGGUCGGAGGCCCGACGCCAGCGGCGAGCAGUCUCGAUCGGAGAAGGAGCUCAAGGAUCUGAAGGCGCAGCUGGCGUCGCUCACCAAAGGAGGUGGCGGAUGCGCUGGCUCAUCGGGCGGCUCGGGGGGGGGAUACUCGCGCCCGACCUCGUCCACCACGGGCGGGGACCUCUCUUACGCCCAGGUUCUCGUAUUCCUCAGGGGUCAUGGCAUUGACACGUCAACGAUCGCCAAAGUUGAGGAGGCUAAGGUCAGAAAGCUCGACUCCAAGCCCCCGGCAGCGCUGGCGGCGAGACGCCGAGUUGAUGCCACCCGCAAGGUCGGGAAGCUCGAAGAGCGCCUCCAGCAGUUCGAGGCUCCUCAGCGAGAGUUGCGGCGCAUCGUCGAGGAGACGACCGCGCAGCCGAGGCGGCGGCCGAGCGUGCUGCUGGGGCUGCCGGCCAGCCCACUGGCGGUGCCGCCGGUGGCGCGGCUGGCGGCGCUGCGGGAGGGGCCGGGGCACCUUGGCCCAGCGCCCCCCGCCCGGGCCGGCCUCGAGCCGGAGAACUUCCGGGCCGAGGCGGCGCGCCGGGCGGCCAGCUGCGGGGCCGCCCGGCGGCAACAAGCCGUCGGCGGCUCGGCCGGACGGGCAGAGGGCGCCGCGUGCCCCGCGACCGGGGCGGCGUCCAGCGCGGCAAGUACUUCAGGACAGGCUGUUGGGCUUGCUGACUUCUUGCGGGCCAACGCAGUCGACCUUGAGUGGCCCAGCUUCGGCUUCGACGUAGCAGCGGAGGGUCAGACUGUCUCACGCCGCGUCUCCUCAGCGGUUACUGCCUGCGGUUCCGGAACCGUCUGCAUCGGCUUCCUCGGCUGGACCAGCUGGCCCAUCUACCGACGAGGCGACGUCAUCGGGAGGGUGGCGGAGUGGCCGGCCAAGCUCUCGUUGGAGUCGCCGUCGUGCGCGGCCUGCGGGGCAGGCCACGAGGUGGCGACGCCGCCGCGCCAGCGGUGCGGCCCCUUGCCGGCGGGCUGCGGCGACGGCAAGCCGCCGGCCGGUGCCGAGGGCGCGAGGGCUGCUGCUGCGGCGGCGCGGCCGGAGGGCGGCAGCGCGGCCGGCGGCGACGGGGAGCCGGCCGCCGGAGACGAGGGCGCUGCUGCAGCGACAGCGCGGCCGGAGGACGGCUGCGCAGCCGGCGGCUACGGGGAGCCGGCCGCCGGCGGGGCCAGCGAGGGCGGCGCGGAGCACCGGUCGGCCCGCCUCCGCAUCGAGCUGAGGGAGCUUAAGGUCAAGGGCGGCGCGUCCUCUCCGCUGGGCGCCCUCAGCGCCGCCUUGAACGAGCUGCCCGAGCACAGCGUCGUCACCCGGAAGCUGGAGUCGAAGGCCGCGUCUCUGGAGAUCACGUUCCAGCUCCUCCAGCUCGAAGCGAUGGCAGGCCGCCGCACGGUUUACUUCGUCAGGCACGCCGAGAGCGAGUGGAACGUGGCGAAGAGCAGCAGGAACCUGUACGACAUGGUUCGCACCACCGACCACCCGCUGUCCGACCGCGGGCUCCGGCAGGCGGAGGAGCUUUCCGCCCGCGCGGCUGCCGCGGCGGACCAGGGCGACCCCCACGGUACAGCCCUGCACCAGGCAGAUGUCGUUUACGUCUCGCCGCUCACCCGCACCGUGCAGACAGCCGUGAUCCUCCUUGGGUCGCUGGUCAAGGCAGACCAGGGGCCCCGGGAGCUCGUGCUGAUGGCGAACGCGCGGGAGAGGCAGGGCUUAGGUGGCAUGGACACGCGAUCCAGGAAAAUUGGCUUGAAGAUUGUUGAGAGCUCGUUCGACUCUACCAAGCUGCUGUACGCCAACCAUAAGUGCGCCAAUGUUGACGACGAUGUCAAGGAGGUGUUCAAGCCCUUGCGCUUCGACGUUUUGGAGGUGCUCGACAGGUGGUGGUGCGAGACUACCAAGGAGUCGGACGCCCAGAUGCAGGAGCGCCUGCGCGAGUUCAUGGCCCAGCUGAUGUACUCGCCCUGCAGGACAGUGGUGGUCGUGGGCCACUCGCUGUUCUUUCGGGAGGUCUUCCGGGUCUUCCUGUCCAAGGAGUUCGCCGACGGCAGCCCCGAGCUCGCGCGGGCGCUGCGCGGCUCCAAGCUCGCCAACUGCGGGGUCGCCUGCCUGCACCUCGAGCCCGCCAGGGGCCUCGCCGACGGCCCCAUCACGCACGUGGAGCUGGUGCUGGGCAGCCAGGUGGAGUCGGCCCGGGCCGAAGGUGAGGCGAGCCCCAGCAAGACCAGGCAGAAGGUGCCUGCGCGGUUGCCCAGUCCGACGCCCAGCGAUGAAACAGAGGACAGCGGCAAGGCCGCCGACCACAGGCUCGGGGCCGGGGCCGAAGACGAGACGGAGGCGAGAGGGAGGCCGUCAUCAACGGCCUUGACCUGA